GUUCCAGGUCUCCGGUAGCCUCUGGAACUGCCGAUCUGCGGCCAACAAGGCAGAGUUCAUCUCAGCCUAUGCCUCCCUCCAGUCCCUCGACUUCUUGGCACUGACGGAAACAUGGAUCACCACAGAUAACACUGCUACUCCUACUGCUCUCUCUUCGUCCGCCCACGUGUUCUCGCACACCCCGAGAGCUUUUGGUCAGCGGGGUGGUGGCACCGGGAUCCUCAUCUCUCCCAAGUGGUCAUUCUCUCUUUCUCCCCUUACCCAUCUGUCUAUCGCCUUUGAAUUCCAUGCUGUCACAGUUACCAGCCCUUUCAAGCUUAACAUCCUUAUCAUUUAUCGCCCUCCAGGUUCCCUCGGAGAGUUCAUCAAUGAGCUUGAUGCCUUGAUAAGCUCCUUUCCUGAGGACGGCUCACCUCUCACAGUUCAAAAGAUUUAGAUGCACUAUUGUAAAGUGGCUGUUCCACUGGAUGUCUUAAGGUGAACGCACCAAUUUGUAAGUCGCUCUGGAUAAGAGCGUCUGCUAAAUGACUUAAAUGUAAAUGUACUGACUUAAGCAGGGGGACACAUCUGGCACUGCAGGAUUUGAGUCCCUGGCGGCGUGGUGUGUUACUGAUGGUAGGCUUUGUUACUUUGGUCCCAGCUCUCUGCAGGUCAUUCACUAGGUCCCCCUGUGUGGUUCUGGGAUUUUUGCUCAACGUUCUUGUGAUCAUUUUGACCCCACGGGGUGAGAUCUUGCGUGGAGCCCCAGAUCGAGGGAGAUUAUCAGUGGUCUUGUAUGUCUUCCAUUUCCUAAUAAUUGCUCCCACAGUUGAUUUCUUCAAACCAAGCUGCUUACCUAUUGCAGAUUCAGUCUUCCCAGCCUGGUGCAGGUCUCCUUUGACAGCUCUUUGGUCUUGGCCAUAGUGGAGUUUGGAGUGUGACUGUUUGAGGUUGUGGACAGGUGUCUUUUAUACUGAUAACAAGUUCAAACAGGUGCCAUUAAUACAGGUAACGAGUGGAGGACAGAGGAGCCUUUUAAAGAAGUUGUUACAGGUCUGUGAGAGCCAGAAAUCUUGCUUGUUUGUAGGUGACCAAAUACUUAUUUUCCACAAUAAUUUGCAAAUAAAUUCAUAAAAAAUCCUACAAUGUGAUUUUCUGGAAUAUUUUUACUAAUUUUGUCCGUCAUAGUUGAAGUGUACCUAUGAAAAUUACAGGCCUCUCUCAUCUUUUUAAGUGGGAGAACUUGCACAAUUGGUGGCUGACUAAAUACUUUUUUGCCCCACUAAGUGUUUCCAGUUUCAGAGAUUUUUGUAGUUAGUUCCAGUCAUUGGCAGCAGAGAACUGGAAGGAGAGGUGGCCAAAGGAAGAAUUGGUUUUGGGGGUGACCAGAGAGAUAUACCUGUUGGAGCGCGUGCUACAGAUGGGUGCUGCUAUGGUGACCAUCGAGCUGAGAUAAGGGGGACUUGUAGCCAGUGGGUUUGGCGACGAGUAUGAAGCGAGGGCCAGCCAACGAGAGCGUACAGGUCGCAGUGGUGGGUAGUAUAUGGGGCUUUGGUGACAAAACGGAUGGCAUUGCGAUAGACUGCAUCCAAUUUAUUGAGUAGGGUAUUGGAGGCUAUUUUGUAAAUGACAUCACCGAAGUCGAGGAUCGGUAGGAUGGUCAGUUUUACGAUGGUAUGUUUGGCAGCAUGAGUGAAGGAUGCUUUGUUGCGAUAUAAGAAGCCAAUUCUAGAUUUAACUUUGGAUUGGAGAUGUUUGAUGUGAGUCUGGAAGGAGAGUUUACAGUCUAACCAGACACCUAGGUAUUUGUAGCAGAACCGUCCAGAGUAGUGAUGUUGGACGGGCGGGCAGGUGCAGGCAGCGAUCGGUUGAAGAGCAUGCAUUUAGUUUUACUUGUAUUUAAGAGCAAUUGGAGGCCACGGAAGGAGAGUUGUAUGGCAUUGAAGCUCGCCUGGAGGGUUGUUAACACAGUGUCCAAAGAAGGGCCAGAAGUAUACAGAAUGGUGUCGUCUGCGUAGAGGUGGAUCAGAGACUCACCAGCAGCAAGAGCGACAUCAUUGAUGUAUACAGAGAAGAGAGUCGGUCCAAGAAUUUAACCCUGUGGCACCCCCAUAGAGACUGCCAGCGGUCCAGAUAACAGGCCCUCCGAUUUGACACACUGAACUCUAUCAGAGAAGUAGUUGGUAAACCAGGCGAGCAAUCAUUUGAGAAACCAAGGCUGUCGAGUCUGCCGUUGAGGAUGUGGUGAUUGACAGUCGAAAGCCUUGGCCAGGCCAAUGACCGCUGACCCAUUACGGAUGCAGGCAAUGAGGCAGUGAUCGCUGAGAUCUUGGUUGAAAACAGCAGAGGUGUGUUUAGAGGGCAAGUUGGUUAGGAUGAUAUCUAUGAGGGUGCCCGUGUUUACGGCUUUGGGGUGGUACCCGGUAGGUUCAUUGAUCAUUUCUGUGAGAUUAAGGGCAUCAAGCUUAGAUUGUAGGAUGGCUGGGGUGUUAAGCAUGUUCCAGUUUAGGUCGCCUAGCAGCACGAGCAUAUGCAUAUUUUGCAUAUAUAUAUUUUUUUAUAUAUAUAUUUUGCACAUGCAUAAGCAGCACAUGGAUAUUUAUAUUUUUAACAUAGUAUAUUAACAAAAUACAUAGCAAAUUGAUAGACACACAAUUUCCACAAAAUGUUAAUUCAUUUCAUAGAUUACUCAGUGUUUGAAGAUGUACAGUUGGCUACCUUUCAAACCCAAUAACCAGCAUGAAGUAGCUGUCACCUGCAUUGUUCCUUGUUUUGUGUCUGUGUUCAAUGCAUGUCCCAUACUGUAUUGAUGUCAUGCAGGCCACUCUUCAGUUCUGUGUCGUCAAACCCAUCAUGGCCAUCAUCACCAUCCUCCUGCAGGCCUUUGGCAAAUAUCAUGAUGGAGACUUUAAUGUGAAUGGAGGAUACCUCUACAUCACCAUCAUCUACAACAUCUCUGUCAGCCUGGCCCUGUACGCUCUCUUCCUCUUCUUCUUCGCUACCAGUGACCUGCUGAGGCCUUAUGAACCUGUGCUCAAAUUCCUCACCAUCAAAUCUGUCAUCUUCCUGUCCUUCUGGCAGGGUAUGGUGCUGGCAAUCCUGGAGCGCUGUGGGGUCAUCCCUAACGCCCUGUUUAUCGACGGCCAGGAGGUGGGGGCCGGCACAGUGGCAGCAGGCUGGCAGAACUUCAUCACCUGCAUCGAGAUGUUCUUCGCUGCUAUCGCCCUGCGUUACGCCUUCACCUGCACCGUGUACCGGGAGAAGGAGAACGAACUGCCAGGGACACACGACAACAUCGCCCCCAUGCAGAGCAUCUCCAGUGGUCUGAAGGAGACGAUGAACCCUGGGGACAUGGUCCAGGAUGCCAUCCACAACUUCUCCCCAGCCUACCAGCAGUACACCCAGCAGUCCACCCAGGAGGUGGUACAGCCCAGCCAGAACAACGGCAAGGCAGGCACAGGCGGCAGCAGCAGCAAGAGCUCCAAGAAAUCUGACAAAGUCCUGCUGAUUAUCUCUGAUGACGAAUUCUAAGGAGUCGCCCACCACCACGAGUAUCCAUGUCUUUGUUUCCUCACCACACCCAGGACAAUACUGCCACCGCAUAUCCCACUGUCAGACCUGGCAUCUGUCCAUGUGGUUCAUUUCCAUCUUCUUUCAUUUCCUUUUUAAGAUGAACUCUUUACUUUAGUCCUGGUUUUAAAGUAACUGUCCAGUGUUUCCAGAUUUCUAUGAAAUAUGAUCUAUAUAUAAUUAAUUACAACAUUUGUGAAAGUUUUCCUUCCAAAAAUGUUUAAUUAUGCAGUUUUUAUGUGUUGGAAUGGUGUCAGCGUACACCAACAAUAGAAUGGUGAGUUAAAAAUACUAAUGCGAGUAGAUAGUCGAUUGGCCAGCUGAGGAGGAUGACAUCAUCAUCUAUGAGGAAAUGGCAAGCAUGUUUUAAGCGGUCUGUUUGAAAUACAAGUUUGAAGUGUUUUUCUCCAAUUGAUGCGUUCAUCAGAACAUUAUUUGGGUGCAAGUUAACAGAUUAUGAACUUUUAAAAGUUAGAUUUUCACUGGACAGUUCAUUUAAUGAGUAAUUCCUGCAGGUAAGAUCAAGAAGGGGACAGAAUGAAGAUUUGAAUAACCUUAUGUGAUGAGAUGAUUUUUGUUUCUGCCUUGCUAAUCAUGAUACGAUGGGGAAAAAGCCUGUCUGCUGAACCAUUUCAGACAAGGCAGGUAGUGAUGCAAUUUUUAUUUUGGUAAUUUUCCAGAUCCUGAUUCGGUCUCUAUCGUAGCAGUGACUGAGCUCUUCUCUGGCCGCUGAAGUAUGUUCUCCGCUCUCUCUGAUUCAUGUGAGUUUCAAAUAGGAGCUGAUUAAUGUACGACUUCAGGAGGGAACCCAGGAAUCGUGCACGUCAUGGCUGGCUCUGACACUUCAAGGACCAUCUCUUGCAUUUGCGUGUUUGAAGUAUUUGCUCAGCAGUCCUCUGUUGGGUCUCCCGACGAACUGAAUUCUUUUUUCAAAGACACAACUGACUUUGGAGCAGGAACUUCAAACUCUAGACUUUGGCGCUUUGAAAUCCUUUGUAUCUAACAUGUCACAGACAAAUUGGAGGAUAAGGUUGACUCCCACUAACUUGGAGGGUUGUGGUAUUCUCAUUAAUUUUCCCAGCAUGGAUUAGAGUGUAUAAUUCAGCAGAGCUCUACAAUGUUAACCCCCCCAAAAAACAUUUGCAGUAUUGUAAAUGGUUUGAGUAGAACCUUUUAUAGUUUCUGAGGUUCGUAUUAUUGUUCCUUUCAACUCACUGAAGACAACAUUUGUACAGCAAUUGUUUGAUCGGUUUAAAUGUUGAAUUAUGUAGUGUAAUUUGGUCUCAAUGUUCUAAAUUUUAAGACAUGUCUGCUGUUAUGUUUAGCUUAAUGACAAAGUUUGAUAAGUUGAAAUAUUGUAAAUAAGCUAUGUAGUAUUAACAAUGUGUUUUCAGUGAUAUCUGCAGAUCAGUUUGAUAUUUAAGUUGGUUACAUGUCAUUAGAAAAUAUAUAAUAUAUUUUGUUUCUGUUUGUGACAAAUUGUGAUAGAGGGACACCAUCUACCCUGUCAUUUUUGAACUGCAUUUAAGCCAGGGAAAUUAACUGCUGUGUAAUCACUUUUUUCAUACCAUCAUGUGCCAAUUAUUGCUGCCUUUACUAGGAAAGCAGAAACAGAUGUAGAGCUGGGUAUAAUGUGAUCACUGAGAUGUAGUGUAACUAUAGUGUCUAUUACUGAAUUCUGGUUUAUUUGGUUGCUUGUCACAUUUUGCACUCGUGUAAAAUAAACGAUGAAAGAGAUGUUUCGGGACUUUGGCCACUACGUAAGUAUUUUUUAAACAUCCCGUUUUGGGCUGGAUGUGUCAAUGUGUAGUUCAUAUAUGCAAGAAAAAGGGAAUGUCCGCAACUCGGGUCAAUCUGACGAAGAUCCAACUCUGAUUGAAACUUUGUCUUUAUUGUGCAUCUGAUUAAAUCACCAUUGGAGCAAACCAGAGUUGCACACAUUA